ACACAAUAUUACACAAAAAGAAUAUUAUUCUGCCGCACACCCACCUACGGGACUCCUGUACGAUUUUUGCCUAUUGCCGCCGCCGCCGCCUCGCGACAGUUUUUCGCUUUACGUUUACGUCCGUCGCCAGCCCGCGACCAGUUUGCCGCCGCCGACUGUUGCGCGCACAGUCUUAGUUUUGAUAUUUCUUUUUUUUUUUUACUCGAACGAAUAAAAAAAAAAACGGAAACUCAGUGAAAGGAAAUUUUUAAACGUACUAACAGUCCCCCUAAAGCUCAUAGCUGACUACCUAUAUAUUACGCUACAACUAUAAUAAUAUUAUUGCUAAUACUACCCAACAACUGCUGACAUAAAAUAGUACUAAGUAUUUACGACUCGUGUUUCUGUUAUUUAACACCGCUCGUUACAAGUGUAAUACGCAUUGGUUUUAGAUUGUUAUUAUGAUAUAACGACGACUUCGGAAGGAGAACAGAAUAUCCGCAGGGAAAACUCCGUUUGCAGCUCUCGUCUAGUGUAAAGACUUUUGGUCAACCUUUUACCGACGAUGAUUUGCUGACAUAUGUUGUGCGAACAUGUACCUCUCGAGACCUUUGAUUGCCAGUAUCUCAAGGUAUUGAUAAGUGAUUAAAUUAUCAAAAUGCCAACAUCCGGACCAGUAUACCAACCAACUACUGUCAGUUAUGAACAACAAAGUGAAUGGUCACAGCCAUCAAAUGGCUUAAUCAAUCGUACCCUGAAUCACAUUCGUAACCCAAGGUGGUUCCACUGGUCGUUCAUUCUGAUCAGUUGGAUACUGAUUGCCAUUGGGGUAUUCUUGUUCCUGUCCAUUACCACAAACUUUGUGAAUUCAGAAAACACAAAAGACAAUUAUACAGAAGACAUAGCAUUCUUGGUUAUUGGCUCUUUCUGUUUUGUAUUUGGUGUUGUCCUAUUAAUAGGUUAUUUCCGAUACAUCAAGGACAAGGAAAGUUGCCCUUGUUUCAAUAGUAAAGCGCGACAAAUGGAAUCUCAGUCUUCUAAUGGACAAGUACUCACAUUGAAUCCAUCUACAGACCUCUUGAUGGCAUCUGCACAGUAUGUACCAACUUCAGAAGCUCCGCCCACAAUUAUCGAAGAGGAUGAAACUAGAAAAUUAAUGGGAAACGAUAAUAAAGAUUGCAAUGACGAAAGGGACCAUAUGUUAGUAACAAGCAACCCGCCGGUAGCGGCACUCCGCACGCAUGUACCAAGCGGAGUCUCGCCGCUUUCCGGUGAAGAUGCUUGACUUGAGGCGAAUUUCACUGAUUCUUUAUCAGGCAUCAAUGACUAUUAUCACAAUAGAUACGACAAUCCCACACCUCAUAGUCACUUCUAUUCUCCACAAACACCUGUCCACAACAAAGCACAACUACACGGCAACUGGACAGCACCACUUGCAUUACACGACGACCUGACACCAUCCAUAUGUUCAUCAGUUUAUAGUAUGGAUCAGGUAAAAUAACAAAAAUGUAACAGUUUAUCAUUUCAUAAUUUAUUUAAAUUGCCAAACAAAUUAUAAUGUUGUAUACAAAUUUUUUUACAAUUUUAUUGUGCAAUUAUUAUUUUUUUACUAUUUACUUCAACGGUCAUUGGUACUAAAUUUUUUAUAUAUUAUAUAAUUUUUGUAAACUUACCUUUUUCUAUUAUUUUUUUUAAUAAUUUGAUUAUGUAUACGUGAGUAAUUUGUAAAGUUUCUAUUAUGCCUAUAAGUAAAACCUUUUAUUAUUGUUAAUUUUUUGCAUUUUUUAAAGUGUAAAUUUAAUAAUAAUUAAUGAAUAAAAUAAUGUUUAUAACAAAUUUAAGAUUAUUAUGAUAUAAUAUUAAAUAUUAAUAAUAUGAGUGUUCAGCAACGGCAUUUAUUUUAAGAUGAUAUUAUUUUGUUGUCAUUAUGUUGUAAUGUAUUAUUAUAAAAUAUUGUAUAAGAUGUGCUGUAACAACAAUAGAUGUGAUUAACCUCAUUAAUAUGUACUUUUGUAUACUUACCAUUUUUUUUUUGUAUUAUUGCCUUUGACAAAGUUCAUUUUUGUGUUUUGACAUUAAGUAAUUUUAUUAUGUUUUAAAAAAAGAAUUCUUUAUUAAUUCUAAUAUAUGAUAAAGGUUAUCACCUCAUAAUAUUUUGGUUUAUUAUUUUUUAUGUAAAAGAUUAAUAGAAUAAACUAUUUUAUGAUGUUAUCCAAUCAUACAUAAAAUCAAACAUUUUAAA